AUGCCGAAGAGAAAAAACGAUUCUAUUGUUAUAGAAUUACGAAAGCAGAUAAAAUUAAUGCAAGAGCAAUUAGACGCUGUACAGCCGCCGGAAGAACCGUCAGAACCAGAGGUAUCGGACACCGAGUCUGAUACAUCACAAAAAGAUGGACAAGAGAUUGAUAUAAAACUACACUCAUCUUUAUCAGUAAGAUGGAAACAUUGGACAGCUAAUGGUGUACCAAAACAAGAAAUGGAAGAUUUAUUGUCCAAAUACGCAAGACAGGAGGGUUUAGAUGCACCUAAACUCAAUCUUGAGGUUAGCUUUAACCUGGGAGAAUCAGCGGUUAAACGGGAUAAAUUUAUCACCGAAAAUCAGAAAUCAGUUGGUUCAGCACUGUCUGCGGUAGGGUCAGCAUUAUCGAUGUUACUCGAAGAAGAUGAGAGCAUUGAUAAACUCGUUUUCGUAGAAAGACUGAGUGAUGCGACCAAAAUACUGUCAGAUUUACAUUUCAGACUUUCUGAAUCGAGAAAAGCUUUUAUUCUCCCUGGCAUGACCAAGCAGAGUAAAGAUGUUCUAUCUACUACCAAGAUGGACGAGUUCUUAUUCGGAAAGAACUUAUCAGAUAAACUCAAGGAAGCCAGAGCCCUGGACAAAUUAACCCAAGGUAUGAGGUACCAGCAAUCCAAGGCAGGAAACCAAAACCCAUCAACAGCCUUUUUAAAAGGAGUAGAUUUAAGUAUUAUUAGAAAAACAGCAGGUUGGUCUAACAGUUCAAAAAUGUUUGCAAAAGUUUAUAACAGACCACUCCUAAUAGAUAAUCAAGUUUUUGCUAAAGCUGUAAUACAUUAA